CAACUACCACCAUCAUCACCCAUCCCCUCCCAAUGGCGCAACAGCAGCGCCCUCGGGCGGUCGAUUCGGACAAAGUCUGGACCACCCUCAUCACCAACCUCGACUACCUCCCCGGCCUCCUCACGCUCGCGCACUCCCUCCGCGCCGUGCGCUCCGCCUACCCGCUCCUCGCCCUCUACACCGACACCUUCCCCGAGGCCGGCCUCGCCGCGCUCGAAGCCCGCGGCAUCCCCGCCCAGCGCAUCCCCUACCUGCUCCCCUCCUCCUCCAAGGACUACUCCAACGACCCGCGCUUCUACGACUGCUGGAGCAAGCUCACCCCCUUCUCCCUCGUCGAGUACGCGCGCGUCGUCCAGCUCGACUCGGACAUGCUCGUCCGCGCAAACAUGGACGAGCUCAUGGACCUCGAGCUCGACGACCCGCCCCCGCCCCCUUCUCCCACCACCACCACCAACAGCAGCAACAGCAACAGCGACAGCAGCCGAGGUCGCCGCGUCUUCGCCGCCGGACACGCCUGCGUCUGCAACCCCCUCGCCAAGCCCCACUACCCCCGCGACUGGGUGCCCCAGAACUGCGCCUUCACGUCGCAGCACGACGACCCGGACCGCGCCCAGACCGUCGCCGCCGACCCGGCCGUCGGCCCCCUCGGCUUCAUGAACGGCGGCCUCCAGGUCGUGAACCCCUCCGCCGUCCUGUACCGCCAGAUCCUCGACCACAUGGAGGCCGACGCCGUCAACAUGGACUUUGCCGACCAGUCGCUGCUGUCGGACCUGUAUCGGGGCCGCUGGGUCGCCCUGCCGUACACGUACAACGCGCUCAAGACGUUGCGGUGGCCCGGCGUCCACGACGCCAUCUGGCGCGACGACCAGGUCAAGAACGUGCACUAUAUCCUGAGCCCCAAGCCGUGGGACGAGGUCGACGAAAACGGCCAGUGGACGGGCACCGACGAAACGCACAAGUGGUGGAUCGACGCCAACAACCAGAGAAGGGCUCUCGAGCGCCAGCAGGGCAUACCCGACGACGGCUUCUAGACUCUUGCCGCUCAUGCAUCCGUGGCGCCACGAAGAUCCUUGCAUGUCAGACCAUGUAGAUUGUCUAUGUCAUGCGCCGCGAGCGCCAUGCUGUGCUGAUGCACUUCGUAUGCUGUACUCCAUCGGUUCAUUCUCGGCCUACUGCUUGCUGCCUCACCCCAGUCCCUGCCUACUUCCACAUCACACACACGUUGCACUACCCCACCGUCCUAGAAUUCGUCGCCAAAAUCUAAGACGAAUGUACCAACAAAUCAUGACCCCUAUCCUAAAUGCGCUUCCAUGAUCUAUUCUGAGAGCAGUGAUGUAAAAAGGACACAGAACGUGGCCAGGACCAUUUUGGUCGACAAUUCGUUAGAACAGGUUCCUGCCGCCGUAUGCUAUCAAUGCUUGUAUUUCUGCUAGCAGUUAGUCAUCUCGUAAACGCACUGCC